UAAUCAAUUUAAUUGAAUUAAAAAUAAAGUUGGUCAAGCUUCGUAACGCGUAAUGCGAAGAUCUUAGGUGGACGGAGGGAGUAUUUUAAAACAAAGGGAAUGGAAAAUAUUUGCCCCACCAAACACACCCUAUAUCUAUUUAACCACGGCCCAUGGAAGCCCUUCUCAUCCUUAGGCCGCCGCCACCACUUCUCCCCGGCCGGCCAUCUUUUUUUAUAUAUUAUAAUGACCGCUUCUUUUGCAGCAAGGCUUACCCUCUCCCUGAGCUUCGUCGCUCUUUCCCUCGCCGGCUACUCCGUCUACCAGAACACAUACUCCGCCGUGAACGGUGGUCAGCUCAACCACGUCAUCCCCACAUGGCUGUCUGAAACGUUCGAGUCAGCCGGCAUUUUGGAGACUCUCGGCUUCUCCGGCCACCUUUCCGACCAAGCAUGUGUUUUCUCCGCCGUUAAAGAAGUCGUUGAAGACGCCAUUAAGAAAGAGACCCGCAUGGGCGCUUCUCUCAUUCGUCUCUUCUUCCAUGAUUGUUUCGUCGACGGUUGCGACGGAGGGAUCCUUUUGAAUGCCACUAACGGAGAGCAAAGUGCGCCGGCCAAUGCAAACUCGGUUAGGGGGUUUGAAGUGAUCGAGAGAGCUAAGAAAAACGCCAAAACCAAAUGCUCCAACACGCCCGUGUCUUGCGCUGACAUCCUUGCCAUUGCUGCUCGUGACUCCGUUGUCAAACUGGGAGGUGAGAGCUACACGGUGAACUUGGGAACAAGAAAAGACGCGAGAAGGUUCAACCUCACCGGAGCAAACAACCAGCUGCCGGCGCCGUUCGACGACCUGGCGACACAAACCCGGAAGUUCGCCGCCAAAGGUUUCAGCCAGACGGAGAUGGUGGCGUUGGCCGGAGCACACACGGUGGGGUUCGCCAAUUGCGCCGUCCUCUGCACCAGCGGCAACACUAACGCCGCAAGGGCGUCGGCGCUACAGUGCAACUGCCUGGCGGCCGGCGGGGGGAGCACGGGCCUGGUCGGGCUGGACCCCACGCCAGCAGUAAUGGACAAACGCUAUUUCGAGGACGUGGCCAGGGGACAAGGCCUCCUCUUCUCGGACCAGGUGUUGAUGAACGGGACGACGACCGGCGCCGCCGUGCGGAGAUACAGGGACGCCACCGGGGCGUUCCUCUCUGACUUCGCCGCCGCCAUGGUUAAGAUCGGCAACCUCCGUCCCUCCGCCGGCGUCCCGCUCGAAAUCAGGGACGUUUGUGGCAUUGUCAAUCCCACUAAAGUUGCAGCUAUGUGAGAAAAAAAAAAGAAAGAAAUAUUUGAACUAAAGAGCAUUAAAAUUUAGAGUAAAUUCUUAGAAUAGUCUUUAUAAUGAGGUGUUUUCUCAAUUCAGUCCUUAAUAAGUUUUAAUUACCUAAAUGGUCCUUUAUAAUUGAGAUCUAUUCUCAAUAUGGUCCUUUGUAAAUAAUGUUACUCAAAUGAUGAUUAAUUGAGAGAUAUUUUGGUAUUUUGAUCAUCCAAAUUUGAAGUAUAUUUUCAAAAUUGUCAUUUCUGUACAACUAAAUUUAAAAAAUAAAUUGACUAUAAAUAAUUCAUGAAUUAUUUAAAACUUAGAAAAUCUUUUAAAUUUCAAAUCAAAUACACAUAUUUAAUUAGAAAAACCAUUUUGGGAAAGCACUUCAUUAUAAAUAAUGAUUUUAAGAAUUAAUUCUAAAUUUAGCGAAUAAAAAAAUACCCAAAUACCAUCAAUUAAUCCUCAUUUGAGUAACAUUAUUUACGAAGGACUAUCUUGGGAAUAAAUCUCAACUAUAUAGGACCAUGUAGAUAAUUAAAACUUAUUGAGGACUGAUUUGGGAAAAUACCUUAUUACAAAGGACUAUUUUGAGAAUUUACUCUAAAAUUUAAGUCAUUAUAUUUUAGUGUUAUUUAAGUAAAUUGUUUUUAAAAAAUAAACUCCGUAAUUUACUAAAUAGUAAAUUACUAUGGAUUGU